AAUGACAAAGAGACUGAUUCAAAUGAAUCCAAUACAGGAGUCAGUGAACAGAGUGAAGUGUGCAGCUCAUGGAGAGAGAAGAGAAAGGGACGGAGAAACAUAUGGGAAAAGCGAUGUGUCAAUAAUUUAGAUGCGAUAAGUAGUAGUGUGUACGAAAACAAGAAGUUGAUUUUCACAUACACGAAAAAUUUGAAGAACGCAGAAAUACAUGCUGAUGUGCUCAAAGAAUUGGACCAGAAAUAUGAAGAUGGUAGCUUCCCAUUCAGCAUAGAUCAGCUCAAGAACAAGUUCAAGAUAUGUAUAUCUGAAUGCAAAAAAAUUGCUUUGACUGUUAAAACCUCGACGGGCAGAAAAAGGGUUCAAGAUGAAAAGCAGCUUGAAGAAUGGUUUAAUCAACUAUUUCCACUGGUCCAAACUAGGUAUUCAUGUAACCCUCACAUGGCAGCAAAGUCUUCUUUAUCGCUGCAGUUAUCUGAUGGGGAGCAAGUGAAAAGAGCAUCAAAUAACAGAAACAUCAACCGCUGACCAUCAGCAAAGGAACUGCCACAUCUGUUCCAUAUCAAGCACCUUUUCUCUAAAAGCUUGUUCAUUCUUGGGAAAUGGUUUACAUUACCACAACCAUGCUGCUGUUCAGACUGGGACAGAAAUAGAGUGGCAUUGCGAAUCCUGUGCUGAAGAGUGGAGUCGCAUAUCUAGAGAGCCUAUUGCUGUGAGCUCUACACCGGAAAACUUUGAUUCAUUGUCUACCAGCUCUGAGCCCCUCCACCCACCAACAACUGAGGUAUCAUGGGGACCGCAUCUUGGACAGUUUUUGCAAGAACAAUUUGAAGGCAGCGCUAUUAGUAAUUAAAAUUUUAUUUCAUAUACAUGUAUUUGUGCAACAUAAUAGUUUAGGUAAUAAUAGUUUUAUGGUUUUAACGACACCAAAGAGAAGCAACAAAAAGAUUCUUCAUUUCAUUUAUAUCAAAGAGACAAGUUAAAUUAAAAGUUAUUGACUCCUCUGUGUUACUUUAAUUUCAGAUGGGACAAUAGACCAUUUUGAAGACGCGAUCGAGGACCCCACUUAUCAUGAAUGUCCAGUUGGUGAAUUCCCUGUAACUUACAGAUAG